AUGUCCGUCGAAUCCACCAAGCCGUCCUCGCCGACCGACCAUUCGGCAUACAUGCGAUUGGCCCUCGCCGAAGCCAAGAAGUCUCCCCCAAAGCCCACCAACUUCUGUGUUGGCGCUGUUCUCGUCGACGAGAGCGAUGGAAGCAUCCUGGCCACUGGCUACACCCUCGAGCUUGAGGGCAAUACCCAUGCAGAGCAGUGCGCCCUGCAGAAGUUCGCCUCGGCCCACGGCCUGUCUGAAGACCGUGUGGGCGAGGCCCUUCCGGCGCACACGGCCAUCUACACUACAAUGGAGCCAUGCGGGGUGAGGCUGAGUGGGAAUUUGCCGUGCGUGGACCGCAUCCUUCGAACCAAGAGCACCGGCAAGGGCAUCAGAAAGGUCUACCUGGGCGUCAAGGAACCCGAGAAAUUCGUGGGAGAGAACGUUGGAAGAGCAAAGCUGGAAGAGCAGGGCAUUGAGUGCGUCCAUGUGUCGGGGUUGGAAGAGGACAUUCUGGCGGUUGCUACCGCUGGCCAUGAGAAAGCCUGA